GGGGAUGGUCCGUGGUGGAUCAUGGCUCCCGCCGCUGUCGCCUCCGCCGCGCAACCUCCCGAGGUCCAGUUCGCUCAGAGGCUGGCCGCUAACGAGAAGCGGAUUCGAGACCGGGCGCUGAAAAAGCUCCGCGGCUACAUCACUCUCAGGACCCAGAAUCCGGCGGGUAGCUUUACCCAAGAAGAACUAUUAAAAAUAUGGAAAGGACUAUUUUACUGCAUGUGGAUGCAGGAUAAACCCCUACUACAGGAGGAGUUAUCAAACAAUAUAUCACAGCUUGUUCAUGUAAUUGAGAAUAUGGAUGCUCGGCACUUGUUUAUUCAGACUUUCUGGCAAACCAUGAACCGUGAAUGGAAUGGAAUAGACAGACUGCGCCUAGAUAAAUUUUACAUGUUGAUCCGCAUGGUGCUGAGGCAGUCCUUUGAAGUACUGAAAAGAAAUGGAUGGAAUGAAAGUUUUACUGAGCCAUUUCUGAACAUGCUGAUGAAGGAGAUUAUUCACCCAGACAGCAAUGCUGCCAUUGGGAUAAAACUGCAUUUUAUUGACAUCUAUCUGGAAGAGCUGGCUAAAAUUGGGGCUAAAGAGCUCACAGCAGACCAGAAUCUCAAGUUUAUUGAACCAUUCUGCAAAAUUGUUGCCAAGACCAAGGAUCAUCUUGUGCUGCAAGCCAUCGUCCGUGGUAUCUUUGAAACUAUUGUGGACCAGUCCCCAUUUGCCAUAGAAGAUUUAAUGAAAGAACUGAGAGCCAGCAGCGAUGAAGACUUAUCAGAAGAUGAUGAAUGGAGCGAUGAUGAGAAUAAGCUACUGGCCAAAGGCAAGGGCUUGCCGAGCAAACUUUCGCUAGGUUCUGAAACACAAGAUAAACUUUUUGAAGACGCAGAAGACAACAUUGGGCCUGUUCUCCAGUUUGAUUAUAAAACAGUUGCUGACACACUGUUUGAAUUGGCCAGCAGAAAAAACACGCCUACUUUUAACAGAAAGCGCCUCUACAAAGUGAUUAAAAAGUUUCAAGAUCUUGCAGAAGGGUCCUUUCCUCAAGAUGAUUUUCCUGAAGAUGUUUCUACUGAUGAAGAUGAUGACACCUUCAGCAGAAGGAAGUGGAAAAGGAAAUCUGGCAAACCUUUGGAUCCGUCUAAGCUGGAAAAAGAAGAGAACGCUAGCAACAGAAAAAAUGGUACUGAGGAAGGGGAAGACAAUGCAGGAACACAGAAGAAAAGGAAGAAGCGAAAGAGGAAGGCCAGUCCGAUGGAUGAUACUUGCACUGUUGCUGGAAGUAAUGAGAUGGUACCAGUCAAGGUAGAAGACUCCAAAGACCAGGACCAGGACGAUGAAUCGUCAAAUAGUAAGAAAAGGCAAAGGAAAUCUUUAAGUAUGGAGACCAGUGAAGCUGGGUCUUUAGGAACUCCCAUUGGAGGGCUCGGUGACAAUUCUACGCUGAAAUCACUGACGUGUUUGGUAAACAGUAUAAAGAAACAGCCAAAGAAGAAAAAUGGAAGCCCGCAGAAGGCUCUUAUUGAAACUGUCUAUCAAAACGGACAGGCUCAUGUUAGUACUGAGGAAGAUCCUGGCCACUGUGCUACAGUAGGUCAUGAUAAUAAAGCGAUUAAGAAGAAACGGAAAGCAGAGCCUGGGAUUAUCUCUGGAAAUGGUUUUUCUGAAGAGGCUGCUCAGCAGUCAGAGAGGGAAGGUCUUGCCGAGUCAGAAUGCCCAGUGUUGCAAAAAGUGAAAUUGAAGAAAAAACAAAAAUUGGGGAAUUUAGUCAAAAUUAGAUGUUCCAAGCAGAAAAUGAUUGGCUUAAAAAGGCAAAGGAAAAUCAAGGAAGUCCAGAAUUCCAUAGAAGAAAACAAACUUGAAGCUUCAAAAAAGAAAAGCAAAAGCAAUGGCACUGGGGGUGCUGCCUUUCUGCUGAAGAAGAAGAAGAAGGGGGUGAAGGCAGGAAAUGACUUCAUGAAAUUUGAAAAAACAGCUCUACCAAAGCCAGUGUUCUUUAGAAAAUCUAAAGGGAGCAUUACCUCCAUGCAGUUAAGCAAGCUAGAAUCUUCCAUCUCCAAAAAGGUCACAUUUGGACUGAAUAAGAACAUGACUGCAGAAUUUAAGAAGACCGACAAAAGCAUCCUAGUCAGCCCAGAGGGAGCCUCCCGGGUGGCUUUCAAUCCUGAGCAAAAACCACCCCACGGGGUGCUGAAGUCCUCGUCCAGCUCUCCGGCAGAAACGCCUCAAAUCAAGAAAUUCUUUUUCGCAUCUGCUAAGAAAAGACCAACUGCUAUGGACUUCUUCUAAGCCAAUCAGGAGAAGAGUAGUUUUUGUACAGAAUAUUUCAGUAACCAGUUAUUUCUGGAGGUAUUUUUGGAAUCUUCUUUUCAGAGUUAACCUGAUAGUAUACAAGGUCGUGGUCGUGUGACUCGUGAUGCCGUUACUUUAAUGAGCGCCUCUUUGGCUGUACAUUGAAAUGGCUUUGUGUAUGUUUUAACAAAAGAAAGGUAAUACAAAUGGAACAUGACCUUGGCCUUCCAGUUAUGGAGACCUUACUUUUUAAAAUAACCGUAUCACGUGGUGUAUGAAUUUGUAAAGAUUUAUUCUAAACUGUUGCUGCUUGCACUCUGUUAAUCUGUUGUUGUCUGUUUUUUCUGGUAAAGAAGUUUCAACUUUUAUAGGCUUACAUCCAAGCACACAAGUCCUCUCACCUCAUUCCUGUGCUGCUUUAUUUCAUUUCCCUCACAAGCCGUUUCCGUUUCCCUUUUAUUUUCCUACCAAAGGCUUGGAAUCGAAAUACAGGGUCGUAGUCAGUGUUAGUCUAACAAGUCCCAUUCAUUUCAGUGGAUCUAUUCUAAGUAGGACUAACAUUGGUUACAACCCAGAAUAUCUGUUCAGAUGAACUAGUUCUGUAGAAAACAACAACACUUCAACCUCCACUGGUUUGCCAGUUGCUAAUGCACAUCUCGUUUCUGACUAUCCCAAGUGCUCUGGUUGGCGCACAUUUCCUGAGUACAUGCAGUGGCAUUGUUCGCUCCUUCAGAUUUGAUCCUCCGUUUGUAUAAUGUGUGUGUUCUCAUUAGUAAAUGUUAGCAUUUUUUAAAAGCUCUUCUGACCUAAAAGCCCUCUUGUGGGGGCUAGGUUUUCAUCAUUAUUCUCCCUCCAUUAAAAUGAAUUCCCUUAGAGCGGUGUUUUUAUCUAUUUCUGAAAGCCUUAAAGCCUUUUGAUACAGGGUAAAGAUGGUUUUGAAAAUAAGGCCAUGAUUUUAAUCUGCAGUGUAAGAUUAAAUUAUAUUCCUCAUAGAA